UCUGGUGCUUCAUGUGGUGACUCCUUAAGCCACCUGUCAGUUGGGACAGGCUGUCUCCUAAAGUGGUGCGUAAUGCGUAUGCUCAAGAAAAUGGAAUAGGAAAAAGAAUACCGGAGGACGGGAGCGGCAAAUACUGCCAGAUUUUGUAAGCUACAGGGAAAAAACAGAGACUACCUCCUUUUUAAUCGAAAACUGGGAAUAUUUUGUUUCUGAAGUUAUUUAUGCAAAUUGGACUACUUGUUUGGCUGUAGCCUAGAUUCUGUACAUCCUGCGCGCUGGCAAAUCAAAUGCUUUUGCACCAGUUCGUUAAAGGGACAUUGGAGACAAUGCAUCCUACAAUCAAAAAAGACACUACUUUCACAAAGAUAUUUGUGGGUGGCUUACCUUACCAUACCACUGAUGCAUCUCUUCGAAAAUAUUUCGAAACUUUCGGGGAUAUCGACGAGGCGGUUGUUAUAACUGACAGACAGACCGGGAAAUCGAGAGGAUAUGGAUUUGUGACCAUGAUGGACAGGGGGGCAGCUGAGCGAGCAUGUAAGGACCCCAACCCCAUCAUCGACGGCCGCAAAGCCAACGUCAACCUGGCUUACCUGGGAGCCAAGCCUCGCAGCCCACAAACAGGUCUCUCUAUUGGAGUGCAGCAGAUCCACCCCACCCUCUUACAGAGGCAGUAUGGGUUGGCUCAGCAGUAUGUGUACCCCCAGGCCUUUGUCCAGCCCAGUCUGGUGUUACCAACUCAGGUCACAUCUACCGUAGGCUCCCCCUAUCUGGACUACAACACAGCCUACGCCCAGUACGCAUCUGCCGCCUUUGAGCAGUACCCUUAUGCAGCCUCGCCAGGCUUCCUCAGCUACACAUAUCCCACCACGACCGCCCUUGGACCCUCCGCUGCUGCCACCCCGAACCACCUCCCACCCCCCCUCUCAGCAGGCUCCAACCCUGCAGCGGCCGCCUUCCUCCAGUAUCCCGCCCAGCCAUUGCAUUCAGAUCGCCUGCAGUGAGGAGGACUGGGCAAGCAGAGUAGAUUAUUGCACUAUGACGUCAUCAAGAUGGGACAAAGGGCUGUGAUGUCAUCAAAGUGGGGCUUGUUAUCAUCAAGUGGAGCCCCCAGUUACACCCAAAGGGCUUCCUGUUUAUGGACUAUGUUACAAACAAACAAGCAAAACAAACAAAAACAACCAUUAGUUUAAAAAAACAUUAGUAGAACAUUUUUUUUACAAUUUAUUAAUAUUAUAAUUAAUGUUAUUUUUCACUGUGUAUCUUUGUUAUCGUCCGUGCUGGUAGUGUAAUUGUUAUAUGAACUCAGUGGACUCAGGGCCCUGGCUGUGUAUUGGAGUGUGGAUAAGGGGGUGGUUAGGGGCCCCAGGUAGACUCUGAGAGAGGCCAGGGAGGAGGCCUCGAGCAGGGGGGGCCUUUGGGGCCUUGGCCAAGCUCCACUGCUCAGGACUAAUGGAGGAGGUGGAUGAUCAACAAGCUAAGGGUUACUUUAAAACUAAAUGUUGAAACCCUAACUCUUUUUUUUAGGCACCACAGCACAGGCAGACAGACACAGACAGACAGACACACACACACACACACGCGCACACACAAACACAAACACGCAUACACACACACACUGACAGUAUAUACACCAAUGUCUAGAGGUACUGAAUACUAUUAGUAAAUGUAUGGGUAGUUUCAUGAUCAGGGUUAGCAUUUGACAUUAUCCACGUACAUGUCUUUGUACUGUGAUUAUGUUGGAGAACUAGGGCUGUCAAUCGAUUAAAAAAUGUAAUUGAAUUAAUUACAUACUCUGUGAUUAAUUAAUCUAAAUU